AUGUCUUCAGGACAAGAGGAUACUCCUGGGUCGACGAGGGACAUUCCUCGGAGGUUGUCUGAUAUGUCGGCGUCUGAAUCAGCAACAGAGAUCACGCACCCAUUGACUAGGGUAGAAUCGAUUUCGCAGCUGGAUGAGGGGCUUUCGCAGAGUUUCCAGUCCACAGAGACCGUCCGACGCAGACCAGAACCUCAGUCUUAUGGUACCAUACAACAGCAAUCAAGUACUCAGCAUCGCCCCGAACCCAAAAUGAGCGAAUCCUCCCAGCCGAUUGAGAGUACGCAAACACAAGGCAUCGAAUCCUCGCGUUCUACCCAGGCCAUGAGAUCACCGAUGCUCGGCCCAGAACGUGGACGGGGUGGGCAAUUCCCAAAGAAACCUGCUAUGUCUCGCCGUGCUUCGUCUAACGUUCAAGCUCCCCAUCGCGGGCAAGAGUUCUCGGUGGAUGAUGAUGUGACCGAAAUCGAGGAUGCUGUGGUGCGGCAGGGUGCGACCUCUGGAUAUGGCUCUCUAAGACAUCAAGCCUCUACAACCCUGAGACGCCGCCCAACCCAGCAACCAGCCCUAUCGCGCGUGGAAUCGGAGCACGACGAUGAAGCUACGGCCGGUGGUGAUCCUGAGAGGACUAGCCUGUUGGGAGAUAUUGCCCGCGAGGAGACAACUCCGGAAUCGGGAGAAGAAGGAACUCUUCAUGGCGUUGACAAUGCAAUAGAGAAUGAUGAUGAUGACGAUAACGACGACGCCUUAAGUGACACUGAGAGCUUUACCCUGAAGGACCGGCAGGAGGCUAUAAACGAGACUCACCCUUUUGGUAUUCGUAUAUGGAAGCCUGCCCUAUACAAGAAGAACAGAUCAGUGCAGAAAACUGCCGAGGGCGAUAUCCACUCUGCUCCUGGUGGCAGAGUCAGCAGGUGGUUGCUCUUCUUCAAUAUCAUGUGGACCGUUUGCUUUGGAUGGUGGCUAGGUCUUGCAGCAUUCCUCGGCGCGGUCGUUUGCUUCAUUUUCGCUGCUGCACCUAGCGCUAUUGCUUAUGGCCGAGUCCUUUGGGGCCUCGCUGGUUAUCUAUUCUACCCCUUCGGAAAAUUUGUUCGACUAGAACAAGACCAAGCAUAUGCGGACGAGGAUGAAGGCGAAGGGCGUAGCAUUACAGAAUAUGAGCAGUGGCAAAGUGGCGAUAUCGAAGAUGGGAGGCUGUUCUUUGGGCCCGAAGGAAAUCGUUCCAUUGUGGGCCGUUCAAGAAGGAGUAUGGAUUCAUUUGCCAGCGAGACUGAUAGCCUUUUGGGUCGACCGACCCGAGGUGUCGCGCGAGAGAACUCGGAGCGUCCAUUGAAACGAAGACUUUUUGGUCGUGGUGAAUGGAAUAUUGGCCGCGUCAUCUUCUUUCUCUUCUUUUACGGGUUAACAACUCCACUAUUGUUCCUUGUUUCUGGGAUCUGUUGGUUCCUAGUCUUCUGGAUACCUAUGGGGAAAGUCCUCCUACUGUUAUUUUCCCACCUCCGAAGACAUCCCUUGGCGCUAUCCUUCCAAUCAGACUCCGACUAUUCUCGCGGCGGGAGUAUUCCAAACUCAUCCAUACUCGUAUGCACUUAUCGGGCGGUUGGGUUGAAGUACUGGAAAUAUACGAUCGAUGGCACAAACAUAUUCCUGAUCAAUUUGAUGGGAGUUGUCUUGUUUGUGAUCUUCGAUUAUUGGAUCCUAGAUGAGCUGUUCGAUUUGAACCUGUUCAUCACGAGCCCAGCAUUCCUUUUUGUGGCUGCUCUAUUCUCAAUCAUCCCUCUAGCCCACUUCAUCGGCCAAGCUGUCGCUUCGAUCUCCGCACAAUCAUCUAUGGGGCUCGGUGCUGCUAUCAAUGCCUUCUUCUCCACUCUAGUUGAGGUGUUUUUAUACUGUGUAGCUCUCAAUCAGGGGAAGGGCCAGCUCGUCGAGGGCAGCAUCAUCGGAAGCAUCUUUGCUGGUAUCCUGUUUCUCCCAGGGUUGUCGAUGUGCUUCGGAGCCAUCAAACGGAAAACGCAAAGAUUCAAUGCCAAAUCGGCAGGUGUCACGUCCACCAUGCUGUUAUUCGCCGUCAUCGCCGCAUUUGGUCCAACCCUGUUUUACCAGAUUUAUGGCACGCAUGAGCUUAAUUGCCUUGAUUGUAUUGAUACUGACGACCAUUCGCCGAGCCGUGACUGCCGGCGUUGCUAUUUCUCCCAAGUCCCUGCUCUUGAUGAUAGAUUCUACCUUGAAGCUGUACGACCAUACUGCUGGUUUGCAGCUACCCUCCUCUUCCUGUCCUACGUUAUCGGUCUGUGGUUCACUUUACGGACACAUGCUGCCGUAAUCUGGAACAUCGAAGUAGACGAAAAACGAGUCCAUGAAUCGCACCAAGCACCCGGCUCGCAAAACACAGUUGGUGACUCAGCUCAUUCUCGAUUACAAAAACACGGUAUCCCGCAGAGCAACCUGAGCGACGCUGCUCGUAGAUCCGAAAUUCGCGACUCUCAGCUUUACAAGCGGAUAUUAGGGCAAUCCUUGAAGCACGUUGGCCUUGCUCCGAGGGAAGAUGGGGUCGCGGUCAACCAGGAAUCUAUGACGCCCAAUGGCUCGAGUCAAACUCCCCAUCUGCCACCUCCAAAGGGUGAUAGUGUCGGGCUCCACUUACCCCUCCCAAGCCUAUCCGAAGCAGAGAACAAACAUCUUGUAAGAGAAGUUGCUGAAAUGGCUGCGACCGCCGCCACUAUUGCCGCUCGAGAUGUAACAAGAUUUCCUCGUAAAACGUCUACUGUUGCCACCAUACCCGCGCAUUCAUCACACAAGUCGCCAGCUGCGCGAACAACAACUGUCCAAGUAGAGCAUGGCGACCUACCUGCGGGUGAAGGCCCCGCUGAUGCCGAAAGCGCCGGUGGGCACGACGCACCCAAUUGGGGUAGGAUGAAGAGUGCAGUCAUCCUAUGCGGCGCUACUGUAUUGUAUGCCCUUAUCGCUGAGAUCCUGGUCAAUACUGUGGAUGUUGUAUUGAAAAAUGUGGCAAUUGACGAGAAGUUUCUCGGAAUAACAUUGUUCGCACUCGUUCCCAAUACCACCGAAUUCCUGAACGCUAUAUCUUUCGCUAUGAAUGGUAACAUUGCUCUGUCCAUGGAAAUCGGAUCAGCCUAUGCGCUCCAAGUUUGCCUUCUCCAAAUUCCUGCCCUAGUGUUGUUCAGCGCCAUUACAGGACAAUGGCUCGAGAGCCCAGACAUUGCCGAUCGCACAUUCAGCCUUAUCUUUCCUCAAUGGGAUAUGGUCACUGUCAUCCUGUGUGUCUUCCUUCUGAGCUAUAUGUACGGCGAAGGGAAGAGCAACUAUUUCAAAGGCUCGAUCCUUCUUCUCAGUUACCUCGUGGUCAUGGUGGGGUUCUGGCUCUCUAGCAUGACAGAUAUCAGUACCAUGGGUAUGAGUCGGUUUGAUACUAUGACUGCUGCUGGAACUUACAAGACUAUUGGCAGGAGACAUUCUGGCCCUGCGUUCCAAUCGUGA